AUGAUUGAAGAAAAAUUCAAAGGUUUACAACUUCGUCCUUUAAUAGCAGAGGAUGGUAAUAAUUUUCCUAAUAUGGAUUACAAGGUCAAAUUAGCAACAGAUAUCAAUAAAAUUGAUGAAUAUUAUGCUGAUAAACCUGUACAGAGGAUGUACUACUAUCCUUGCCCUACUCCCCAAGAUGUUCUAGUUGAAGAACAUGAGCAUAUAAUUACGAACAGUUAUAGUGGUAAAGAAAUCUAUGAAUGGAACAUAGAUGGUUAUAGUGAAAGACAGAUUUAUUGCUGGUGGGAUAAUUAUUUAACCCCAGAACAGCGUGCUACCAUCUUGAAUUCUGUAAAACAAGAAGGAACUGAACAAGAACCAGUUUUGGUUUAUACUAUUGUCUAUUCAUUAGUGCUCAAUAUUGUAGAACAUUUUUCUGGAAGAUGGUUUGAUAAUAAUGAAACCAUUAGAACCAUGCUUCAGAAUUUAAGAUGCAAAACCCUCACCUCAUUAAGGUGGUAUAAGGAUGUAUUCCUUUGUCGGGUUAUGGAAUUACCCGAGUGUAAUGACUCUCUUUGGAAAUCCAAAUUUAUAGAUGGAUUACCCGCCUUUUUGCAGAAAGAGUUAGAAAAGCUCUUAGGAAAGGGGAAGCUAGCAUCAACUAUGAUAGCUAUACUUAUGAAUUGUAAAGUCAAGGAGAAGAUUAAGGGCCUUGAUAGUGAUGAUGACCUAAAAGAAUCGUUAUACAAAAUUUUAUUAAAUUCAAAACCAGAAGAUUCUGGUAUUGAGUCUGACAAAUCAGAGGACUCUUCAUCAGAUGAAGAUCUUAGAGUUCUUGAAAAUGAGAAUUAUACCUCUACCUGUUCAGAUGAAGAAUGUGCACCAUGUCAAAUGGGACGGCCCUGUACUAGCAAGGGUAAUAGAGAAGAAGAUGAGUUUUAUAAUCUCUUUUCUCAAUUCCAAGAGACCAAUAUCAAUGUUUUAGAUGGUAAUAACCUAGUGGAUUUGUUAAAACUUAUUAAAGAUCCAGAGCUUAGGUCCCAAAUUAUUGAUAAGGUGAAUGAAGCACCUAACAAAUCAGAAAUUCAGACUGGUGCUCGAAUACAGGAAUCAACAGGUCCUUAUACCAUGACAGAAGUUAAAAGACUUCUUCAAGAAAGGAGAAAUAUUAUAAGUACUUCAGCCACUACUCAGGAUUUAGAAAAAGAGAUUGAUAAUCUCAAAAAGGAGAUAUCUAUCCUCAAAAGGCAUAAUGUUAUUCUAGAUGAAAGAAUUUCUAGAAUUGAGGGCAGAGGAAAAUAG